AUGGCAAAUGACACAAAGAAUAAAAAACUUGGCUGCGGGGUUGCUGGACAUCUCCAGGGUUCCAAUUCUCGGGGCGAGUGCGCGCUAGUGCGUAAGAAGGGGGCGGAGGGGGUGCGCGCUCGGAGGACGCGCCGGGGCCCCCGCCCCCUCCCGGAGCAGCAGCCUGGCACCAGCCCACCCUCCUCCACCCCUGCAAAGAGACGCAGGACGCCAAUAGAGCAACUUCUCCGCGGGGGCGGCGGCGCGAAUAGCGGUCACCCCCGCCCCGCCGCUGCACGGCCGGGGGUCUCUCCUCGGCCGGGCCCCGGGGAGGCGGGAGGGAAGGGGGAGCCCUCCGCACGCCCCGCCCCCGCACGCCUGGCCCGGGGCCGGGGUCUGCCCGGACCCCCAACCCUCCGCGCGGCCCGCAGCGGCGCACUCCCAAGGACGGCCGCCUGGCCUGAGCGCGAGGCGGAGCGGAGCGCGGCGGAGGCCGGCCCCUCGCUUCAGGCCUCAGGCCGCCGCCUGCCCUCCGCCAGGCCGCCCGCCGCCGGCCCCGCUCGGACCCCGGCCCGGCCGGGCCUCGGCACCGCCGCAUCCCCUCAUCCUGGCUUCAUUCAUAGGGGCACCGCAGCCCGGCCGGCGGUGCGGGGCCGGGGACCCGCGGACAAGACCGACCCGCCAAGGCCGGGGAGGAAAACAAAAAGUUAAGAGAA